AUAUUCACAAAGGGAGUCUCUUUGACCAACUUCGUCAUCGCCUCUUCGGCGCUGUGUUUCCAGGUCUUUGUCCUGUACCCGUGGCACCACCAGUUGGACGAUGAGUUCAAAAGAAUGAAAGAGGAACAUCUUCAGAUCUACCGCAUGGGAGAGGAAACGCGUCGUGCUGAGUUGGAGAAAAUAAAUGAGCAGUUGCAGAAAAUC